GCGCUGGAAUCUGUAGGCUUUGUCUCGACUUCCUGUGCAAGUGUCUGAUCGCUCGAAUACGCACUUGGCUUUUUCAAUUCGACCUCUUCUAGACGCUGGAGACUGUGGCCCUCAGUCAGCAGACCUCCAAGAAGGCACAGUCUAAUGAAAGGCGCGUUCAUGAAAUACAUCGACCUGCUAGCCUGAGCAUAUGCAUGCGAGAUCUCCCGCUUUUGUGCGGAGGCAGCGCCAAGUGCGUUCAAGUCCGGAGUGUGGUAAGCCAUCUGCGAGAGGCUGACGAAGUCUGCAGGCCGAUCAUUGGUUGGAAGAUGCACCAAUGCCGAUACCUUCGACUAGAAGGACAAGAGUCAUGGCGUACUUUGGCGUGUCGACAUCGAAUAUACAGGUCAGGCCAACUCCGAGCGUCCAGCAAAAGAGCCCAAGCCAAAUGGUCUCUCCAUAACGUCCUUUCCAGGAUAUAUACUGGUCUGAGAGAAUCGAAGCUACCAUCUAUAUACCGGUCAUUGGUAACAAAAGAGCGCCCGAUAUAAAAGUUGAGAGUUGGUAUGCAUUCUAAAAAAAAACAGUGGUACGUAAAUACAAUUGUGAGUAGUACACAGUGUCGAAUAGUGUGGUUUUGUAAAA